AUGUCAGAGGAUGGGAAAGCCGCUGGGGACAAAAUCCAACCCCCAGGGGACACGACAGAGGAGAACGAGUUGAAUAAACCGCCCUCACCCAAACCUGACAUUGAACUCUCGCCUCCGCUUAUUUCUAUUAGCCACACUGAUCAUAAAGCUGGAGAAUCAAACCGACACAGGCGUGUAGGUGCUAGUAAAUGGAAAACUUCAGGACUGGGACAGACUAACACAGCACCAUCUCCAAGUGGAUCUGUCUCAACUCAAGGUCGAAAGACUAUUCUUAUUUCCACUGAGGCCAAAAAGGAAUUGCUAAAACAAGCUAAAGCUGCUAAGGAAGAACGAAAAUCAGAACUGGACUCACGGCAUGGCUACCUUAUAUCUAACUUGGCAGAUGGAACAGGUCUGGAAGAAACAGCUGUGCAGGACUUUAUUAUUGCUGAUGAAAAGUUUCACAUGAUUGAAGAAUUCUUCGCACCAAAUGGGUCUAAAAAAUUACUAUUUUACUACCAAGAUACAGUGAGAAUCACAGGAUUGCAACAUUUAAGUGCAGAUAUGUCCAAGGGGGUGAAUCAGAAAAGACUGUUCAUUACUGAUGGUUCUACUGAGGGUUUGCUUGGAACUUGUUUAUUCUUUCUUAGAACUACUGAUAAAAGCAUCAGCACAGCUAAUGUGUUUCAGGAGGUAAAUUUUGGCAUGCUCAAUUGCCCUGAUGGGAAUCUGCUUCAAGGGCUAGAGAGACUCUUGGCCAGUAUAAUGGUACCAGCACUGCGAUCUCAAGAGAAUUGGGGAUCUGUUAAAGAUGGAUUAAAGAAUGCCCAGAUUCAGGAGUUCCUUGAGUCCUUAGACAAAUUUGUUAGCAAUUUGUCCUCUGCCAGGAAAAAUAUGGAGCGUCAAGUAAUUCUUGAGGAAGCAACCACAGUAUACAAUUUUGACAAUUUGCAUGGCCCUGCAGACUAUUUGAAUGCAGCUUCUAAUACAGAAUUAGUGGAGCAACUUGAGGGAGUGCUGAUGUCGUGGGCAAAACAAAUUGAGCAAGUCUUGGCUGAAAGUGAGCAAAUGAGAAAGGAAGCUGAUGAUAUCGGUCCCGCUGCAGAACUAGAUCACUGGAAGACUCAAAUGGCAAAAUUUAAUAGCCUUCUUGAGCAGAUUAAGAGCCCUCAAGUGAGAAAAGUGAUAGGCAUUCUUCAAGUUGCAAAGUCCAGGAUAUUGAAACAUUGGCGAAAACUGGACAGCAAUAUUACUGAUGCAGCCAAUGAAGCUAAGGAUAAUGUGAAAUACCUGUACACACUGGACAAAUUCUUUGGGCCUCUUAUGAAGUGUACACCUGUCACCAUGGUUGAACAUAUUGCCAAUUUGAUGAAUAGUAUUCGGAUGAUCCACAGCAUCUCAAAGUAUUACAACACAUCAGAGCAUAUGACCUCUCUGUUUGUCAAGGUUACCAAUCAGAUGAUUACCACAUGUAAGAGGUAUCUCUGUCAGAAUGUUGGAAAAUUCUGGGACCAAGACAGGCAGGAACUACUGAAGAAAAUUAAGAACUGCACUCAGCUAAAUGUUGAGUACCAAAAACAUUUUCAACGAAUCAGGGAGAAGCUUCGUGAAAAUCCACAGGAGAGACAAUUUGAAUUUAGAGGCACAACAGACAUGAUUUUCACCGUGCAACAGCUGCAGGAGAAAUGCAGAGAAAAGAACCUACCCCUGUACGUGGCCUUCUUCAACCUUACAAAGGCCUUUGGCUUCAUCAAUUGGGAAGCAUUGUGGAGCGUCCUCCUCUGCUAUGGUAGCACCAUGAAUGACAUGGAUGUUGUUGUAAUGACAAAUGGCUCCACCACUGACCAAUUCCCUGUUCAGACCAUUGUCAAGCAGGGCUAUGCCACCAUCCCAACACCGUUCUCGAUCUACCUCGCUGCAAUGCCUCACCUCACUACAGACAAGCUCCCCGCUGGCCAGCAGCUAACUUACAGAAACUGCGGCAAAUUAUUCAACCCCCGCUGUCUUCAAGCCAAAACCAAAGUCACUCCAACCAGUGUCACGGAGCUGCAGAAUGCAGAUGAUGCUUGUGUACGUACAAUCUCAGAGGACAUACUCCAGACCACGGUCAGCACCUUUACGGAGAUAUAUAACAGCGAGUCUGACCCUGAACAUUCACAAAACGAAGGUCUCCUACCAACCUGGCUUGGCGUUCUAGUCCGAACCCCCGAUCAUCAAGGUCCACAGGGAGGCCUUAGAGAACGUACCAAGUUAUCCUUGGAUGCUAUCAAGAGGCAUUUACAGGUUACUAGCUCUAGAUAUGACGCAGCAAAGUUAUAUCCUGGUGGAGGUUCGGAGGCAACAAAAGCUCCAUUCUUCAAAUCUCAAAUUGUAUUGGCAAUUCCAAACGUUGUGAUGCGACCAAGUUUGGAGGAUAUUCAGUCUGUUCUAAAUAAAGCAGUGAAUACAGUUUUGUCCAUGUCGAAGGAUAUUCCUAUUUGGUCCUUUGCAUAUAUACAUCUGAAACAACAACAGAUUGAAUACAAUGCUGCUCGAGAACUGGGUGAUGAUAAUAUCCUUGGUAAGCAGGUCGUGCUAAAAUCCCUUGAUAAACAGAUCAGUGAACACAAGGACAUCACUAAGGUUGUGAUCCAGCUCAGUUCCAUUGUUUCUUCAUUGAAGGCUGAUGGAGCAGAGAUUCUUGACAAUUUCUCUCAUUUUGCUCACUUGUGGAAUCAGGAUCCUGCAGAGAAAGUGAAGGAAUUCAUGGAUUCAAAACCAAUCCUCUCAGAAUUCAAUGAACAAAUUACCUACUACUCUAAAUUGGAAGCCGAGAUUGAUGAGUUGCCCUCUCAUUAUAAAGUGGGCUCAGUUCAGUUUGACACCCAGAAUUUGAAACUGGCAAUGGUGCAGGAAUGCCGCUCCUGGAAGAGAGCCUUUGGCACAGCCCUGAACCGAAAAACUGCCAUGGAAAUGGAUGAGAUUUAUUCCUUUAUUGAAAAUCUCAGCAAACAACUGAAUCGACCAAUUAAUGACUUGGAUGAUGUGCGUGGAGCCAUGGCAGCACUGAAAGAAAUUAGAGAUGCUCAGAUAAAGAUUGACAUGACCAUUGAACCAAUUGAAGAAACGUAUGCCCUUCUAAGUAAGCAUGAGUUGCUUUUCCAAGAUGGAAAUGCUGAGAGAGUUGAUGGGCUAUCUUAUGCCUGGAAGAACAUAAACGCACAGGUUGUAGAGACACAGAGUAUACUUUUAAAAGUGGAGCCUACAAUGAAGAUGGAUCUGCUGGAAAGAGUGAAAAUCUUCCAAACUGAUGUUCAGAAUUUUUACCAGGACUAUGAUACAAAAGGCCCUAGUGCUGAAGGGCUUUCACCAAGAGAAGCGAGUGACGGGCUACAGAUCUUCCAGGCAAGCUUUGAUGAACUCUGGAGAAAAUUCAACACUUAUUCUGGAGGAGCAGAGCUUUUUGGGCUACCUGUUAUUGAAUAUCCUGACUUGCUGAGAAUCAAGCGGGAACUGGCUUUACUUCAGAAAUUGUAUGGUCUUUAUGAUUCGGUGAUUGAAAACGUCAAUGGUUACAACGACAUUUUAUGGAGUGAAUUGGAUAUUGAAAAAAUCAAUAAUGAACUUCUGGAUUUUCAGAACAGAAUACGGAAAUUACCCAAAGCCUUGAAGGAAUGGCAAGCUUUCAAUGACUUGAAAAAGACAAUAGAUGAUUUCAGUGAAACUUGUCCAUUGCUUGAAAUGAUGGCAAACAAAGCUAUGAUGUCAAGACACUGGGAAAGGAUUGCGCAGGUCACAGGCCAUACCUUUGAUGUUGAAUCUGACCAGUUCACUCUCAAAAAUAUUACAGAAGCCCCAUUGCUUAAACAUAAAGAGGACAUUGAGGACAUUUGUAUUAGUGCAGGGAAAGAAAAGGACAUUGAAGCAAAACUGAAAGCUGUUAUUAAUGAAUGGAGCGGUCAUGUGCUUACCUUUGCCUCAUUCAAGACGAGGGGUGAGUUGCUUCUCAAAGGAUCAGAUACCACAGAGAACAUUGCACUAAUGGAGGACAGUCUGAUGAUACUUGGCUCAUUAAUGAGUAACAGGUACAAUGCACCAUUCAAGCCCAUUAUUCAACAGUGGGUGCAUAAGCUCUCAAAUACCACAGAAAUAAUUGAAAACUGGCUCACAGUUCAGAACCUUUGGAUUUACCUGGAAGCUGUGUUUGUUGGUGGAGAUAUUGCAAAACAACUGCCACAAGAGGCCAAAAGAUUUCAGAACAUUGACAAGUCAUGGCAGAAGAUCAUGCAGAGAGCUCAUGACAAUACAAACAUUGUGCAGUGCUGUGUAGGUGAUGAGACUUUAGCUCAGCUUUUACCAUAUUUACUGGAGCAGCUAGAGAUGUGUCAGAAAUCGCUCACUGGAUAUUUGGAAAAGAAACGCCUUUUAUUCCCCAGAUUUUUCUUUGUUUCUGACCCUGCUCUGCUGGAAAUACUUGGCCAAGCCUCUGACUCUCACACUAUACAGGCUCACCUGCUAAGUCUUUUUGACAAUGUUAACAGAGUGGGGUUCAACGAAACAAAUUAUGAUCAGAUUCUCCGCUUCGCGUCUCAGGAGGGAGAAAAAGUUGACCUCAUCGAACCAGUUAUGGCACAGGGUAACGUGGAAGUUUGGCUGGCACAGCUCCUGAGUGGGGUCAGAAAGACAAUUCACAGCAUUAUUCGCCAGGCAUCAAUAUCUAUCACUGAUAAGGAGAUUAAACUAUAUGAAUUUCAGGCCAUGUUUCCUGCACAGAUAGGUUUGCUGGGUAUUCAGAUGAUUUGGACAAGAGACUCUGAAGAAGCUUUAAAUAAUGCCAAAGUUGAUAAAAAGAUUAUGCAAACAACUAAUCAGACAUUCCUGGAUAUGCUUAAUGACUUGAUUGAUAUGACAACCCGUGAACUAACAAAAAUGGAACGAACAAAAUAUGAAACACUUAUCACCAUUCAUGUCCACCAGAAAGAUAUUUUUGAUGAUUUGGUUCGUAUGAGCAUUAAAUCUCCAUUGGAUUUUGAAUGGCAAAAACAAUCUCGGUUUUACUUUAUAGAGGAUGCAGACAAAUGUAUUAUUCAGAUCACAGAUGUUGAGUUCAACUAUUGUAAUGAAUACCUAGGUUGCACAGAUCGACUUGUGAUCACACCAUUAACUGACAGCUCACUAAUUAACCCAGGUUAUGCAGGACGUCAGGAGCUACCUGAAAAUCUAAAGAUUCAGUUCCGUACAGUGGCCAUGAUGGUGCCUGACCGUGCCAUUAUAAUGCGUGUCAAGUUGGCUAGUGCUGGUUUCCGUGAUAACCAAAUUCUUAGUCGCAAGUUUUAUACACUCUACAAACUCUGUGAGGAGCAAUUAUCAAAACAGGUGCACUAUGACUUUGGUUUGCGUAACAUUCUGUCUGUGCUGAGAACUCUGGGUGCUGUCAAAAGAUCAAACCCAAAUGAACCAGAGAAGACCGUGGUGAUGAGAGUUCUGCGUGACAUGAAUCUUUCUAAACUGGUGGAUGAAGAUGAACCUUUAUUCAUGAGUUUGGUCAAUGACUUGUUCCCUGGAAUUACCUUGGAUAAAGCUGGUUAUCCUGAACUAGAAGCUGCAAUCGAGAAACAAACAAUCGACGCCGGGAUUAUUUACCAUCCUCCCUGGAUCCUGAAGCUCAUUCAACUCUAUGAAACUCAAAGAGUCCGACAUGGUAUGAUGACUCUUGGCCCAAGUGGAGCUGGGAAAACAAAAUGUAUCAAUACCUUAAUGAAAGCAAUGACAGAUUGUGGAGAGCCUCACAAGGAGAUGAAAAUGAAUCCAAAGGCAAUCACAGCCUCCCAGAUGUUUGGGACUUUGGAUGUUGCAACAAAUGACUGGACAGAUGGUGUUUUCUCUACACUGUGGAGGAAAACAUUGAGAGCAAAAAAGGGAGAACACAUAUGGAUUGUAUUGGAUGGACCUGUAGAUGCCAUUUGGAUUGAAAAUCUUAACUCUGUUUUAGAUGACAACAAAACUCUUACAUUAGCUAAUGGCGAUCGCAUCCCAAUGGCACCAAACUGCAAAAUUGUUUUUGAGCCUCAUAACAUUGACAAUGCUUCCCCAGCUACAGUAUCACGAAAUGGCAUGGUGUUUAUGAGUUCAUCAGUACUUGACUGGAAGCCUAUACUCAAAGCAUGGCUUCAGAAAUUACCCACUGCACAGUCAGACCUUCUUUGGAACUGCUUUGAUAAUGUUUUCCAGGAUUUGAUCAGUUUUGUCUUCACUGCUGUAACGCCGAAAAUGCAAAUUCUGGAAUGCAUGUACAUUAAACAAGCCAUUGACCUUCUGAAGGGCCUAUUACCAGGAGUUGAAGACAAGCAGCCAAGCACAGAGGAAGUUGCCCGUUUAUUUAUUUUUGCUGCAAUGUGGUCCGUUGGAGCUCUUUUGGAAUUGGAUGACAGAGCUAAAAUGGAAAGCUUUCUGCGGAAUCAUUCUGCACCACUUGAGCUUCCAGUGACUGAAGGAGAAGAAACAAUCUUUGAAUUUGUUGUCUGUGCUGAUGGUCACUGGGAGCACUGGUCAAAGAGAGUACCUGAAUAUAUUUACCCAUCUGACACUGUACCAGCUUAUUCAUCAAUCCUGGUGCCAAAUGUUGACAAUAUUCGCACAGAUUUUCUUAUGCACACCAUCAUGAAACAAGAAAAAGCUGUUUUGCUCAUUGGUGAACAGGGAACAGCAAAGACAGUUAUGAUCAAGGGCUACAUGAGCAAGUAUGAUCCUGAAGUCCAUGCAACUAAAAGUUUGAACUUCUCCUCUGCCACAAUGCCAAAUAUGUUCCAACGAAGCAUCGAAAGUUAUGUGGAUAAACGAAUGGGCACAACCUAUGGUCCACCCAGUGGCAAAAAAAUGACUGUGUUUAUUGAUGACAUUAAUAUGCCAGUGAUCAAUGAAUGGGGUGAUCAGAUAACCAAUGAGAUUGUCCGACAGCUAAUGGAACAGAAUGGUUUCUACAAUCUUGAAAAACCUGGAGAGUUCACCAACAUUGUUGAUGUACAAUUUGUUGCAGCUAUGAUUCAUCCUGGUGGUGGCAGAAAUGAUAUCCCUCAACGGCUCAAAAGACAAUUCACAAUUUAUAACUGUGCGCUACCAUCAAAUGCAUCCAUUGAUAAAAUAUUCAGAACUAUUGCAAGUGGCUAUUUUUGCGAGCAACGCGGCUUUCCUGCUGAGGUUUGCAAACUAGCCUCAGCUUUAGUAUCAACCACACGCAAAUUAUGGCAGGCUGUCAAGCUGAAGAUGCUGCCCACUCCAGCCAAAUUCCAUUAUAUUUUCAACCUCCGUGAUCUUAGUCGUAUUUGGCAGGGAAUCCUAACUGUUACAUCUGAAAUUUGCCAGUCUCCUGAUGUGUUGGUGUCACUCUUUCAUCACGAAUGCACUCGUGUUAUUGCAGAUAGAUUUACCAACCAGCAGGACAAAGACUGGUUUGACAGUAUAGUGAAAAAGGUAUUUGGGCUUCAUUCAAAUGCAGAUAUAACUUACCAGACUAAUAUGGCAAAUGAAACUCUUAACACAAUAGUCAACAUUCAACCUAAGGAUAGUGGAGGUGGUGAAGGAGAGACCAGAGAAAGCACUGUCCGACGCCUUGCAAAUGAAAUGCUAGAAAAACUGCCACCAGACUAUAUUCCACAUGAGGUAAAAGCUCGACUGCAGAAAAUGGGUGCAAUCCAACCAAUGAACAUCUUCCUGCGCCAGGAGAUUGAUCGAAUGCAGCGAGUUCUUACACGCGUUAGAAUUACACUGACAGACUUGAAAUUGGCUAUAGAUGGAACAAUUAUAAUGUCAGAGGACCUGAGGGAUGCUCUUGAUAACAUGUACGAUGCUCGGAUUCCAAAGAUCUGGUUCAAAAUUUCCUGGGAGUCUGCUACUCUUGGAUUCUGGUUUACAGAACUGCUUGAAAGAAACCAACAAUUCCAAACCUGGAUUUUUGAUGGAAGACCAAACCAGUUCUGGAUGACAGGAUUCUUUAAUCCUCAGGGCUUUUUGACUGCGAUGCGACAGGAAACCACACGUAUGAAUCUGAGCAAGGGCUGGGCACUGGACAGUGUCAUCCUUUAUAACGAAGUGACCAAGAUGAUGAAAGAAGAUGUUAAUUCAUUCCCUCCUGCAGAUGUUGGUGGUGUUUAUGUUUAUGGCCUGUUCUUGGAAGGAGGAGGCUGGGACAGAAGGAAUACAAGGCUGAUGGAAUCACCUCCAAAGGUAUUGUUCACAUUGCUUCCUGUAGUCCAUGUAUAUGCAAUCAGUGCCACUGCACCUCCUGAUCCCAAAAAACAACAGGGGGCAGUGUACUCAUGCCCUGUGUACAAGAAGCCCAGACGAACUGAUUUGACGUACAUCUUCUCUCUCUAUCUGAAAACAAUACAGAUUCCUGACCACUGGACCCUGCGAGGAGUGGCUUUACUCUGUGACUGCAAAUAAACCCACAAUUAGACACAGCAAAAUGCACAUUUAAAUAUUCUUGUGCUUAGUAGAACAUGAAAUUAUAUUCAAAAUUGUCUAGUUGUGUAAUUGUGCAAUAGUUUUGUAACAAAUGUCGGCUAGAUAAUGUAUGCAGUAUUCAAAUGGGAGAGGUUGUGCAUAGUGAGAUACAUUCUAACAUUUAUCCUUGGUGCAGUAAUGGAUCAGUUCAACCUGUUUGAUACUGUGCUUCUUCCACAAAUAUCCAAAUAAUGAGGAUGAGAAAAGACUCACUGGUCUAUCCAGCCUGUACCACAAAAACAAAAAGGCUGUAAAACAGACACUGAUGCACUCCCAUUGAAUGGCAGAACUGAACAUUUGUUGUUUCUUUUUCCUUUUAGUUUAAAACAUUCCAUUUACUUUUUCUAAAGGCUGUUAAAUAAACUAUUAUUAGCUGUCAAUUUGAUGAAUGUUACUUUUUUAACUAUUAAUCUGUAUUUUGUCCUUAUUCAUAAAUCUGUAAAUUAAACAUAAUAAAAGAGGUACUUGAUUUUCCAUGUGGUUAAAUGCUUAGUACAGUCACUGUAAUUAUCAUGCAAUCAUUGGUAAAACAUUCACUUUUCUGAAAAUUAUAC